GAUCCCAUUUAUGUGGUCAAGUAGAAAGAGAGAGAGGAAGAAGAGUCAGAGAAACAAACACAGAGAGUGAGAAUGCCUGAAUACUGUGUAACGGGAGGGACUGGAUUCAUAGCUUCAUACAUAGUGAAAGGAUUACUGGAGAAAGGCCACAGAGUUAGAGCAACAGUGCGAGACCCAGACAAUGUGGAAAAGGUUGGAUUUCUUUGGGAGAUGGCUGGAGCUAAGGAGAGACUAAAGCUGGUUAAAGCUGAUCUUAUGGUUGACGGGAGUUUCGAUGAUGCUGUAAAUGGCGUAGAUGGUGUCUUCCAUACAGCAUCCCCUGUCCUCGUGCCUUACAACAAUGACAUUCAGGCAACUUUGAUUGAUCCAAGUAUAAAGGGCACAGGGAAUGUGUUGAAAUCAUGCUCUAAAGCAAGUUCUAUUAAGAGAGUUGUGCUCACCUCUUCUUGUUCAGCUGUGAGAUACCGCUCCGAUGUUCAACAGGUUUCCCCUCUAAAUGAAUCACACUGGAGUGACCUCGAGUACUGCAAACAAUACAAUCUAUGGUAUCCUUACGCGAAGACGUUAGCUGAGCAAGAGGCUUGGAAACUGGCCAAGGAGUGCGGACUUGAUCUUGUGGUAGUGAACCCAUCUUUCGUAGUGGGUCCUUUGAUUGCUCCCUCCCCAACAAGCACACUUCAGUUGAUAUUGGGGAUCAUUAAAGGAGUCAAGGGCGACUAUCCAAAAUUUACCGUGGGAUUUGUGCACAUCAAUGACGUAGUUGCUGCCCAUAUCUUAGCCAUGGAAGAGAGCAAAGCAUCAGGCAGGCUUAUAUGUUCGAGUUCUGUGGCCAACUUCUCAGAGAUAAUAGAAAUGCUCAAGUCCAAGUACCCAUCCUAUCCAUUCGAGAACAAGUACGAUGACCGGAUAGGAGAUGAUAAUCCACAUAGCAUGGACUGUAGCAAGAUUCAUCAACUGGGGCUCCCUCCUUUCAAAACUAUACCUGAAAUGUUUGAAGAUUGCAUCAAAAGCUUCCAAGACAAGGGGUUUCUCUGAAACUCUCUCUGCAAUAAUAUUAUCUCAACAAUUUCAACCAGUUGCAAAUUUAUACUCUCUCCGUUCUUUUUUAAUAGGCCAGUUUUGUUUUUAGCGAAAUUUAAGGAAAUUAAGAGAACUAAUCAUUGAAAGUGGUCUCAUGACACUUGUCAAUAAAAGAAGUGAAGUGAAAUGGUCCCCA